CUGGGAGCUGAUUGUAAACAAAACCCGUUACAAAAAAUACGCCGAAAAGCAUCGUACGAACAGCUCGCGCAAACAUCCGACCGGUAAAGAAACGUAUUUAAUUUGAGCCAAUUUCCUCCUACUAGUUGGAAAGAUAUACACAGAAAGCCAACAAUAUGCUACCGGCGCUAAUGGUUAGGUUUAAUCUGUUCGAAAGUGACGAUGAGUCGGACGCUUACAAUACCGGCAGCGAAGCCGAAUCGGAGGAGAGUGAACAAAUAUACCGGGAAUCAUUCCCAUACCUUUUGGAAGAUGAAUGGUUUUUAAAAUGCUUUCACGUGUCGCGCGAUAUCUUCAAGAGCCUGUACGACGGUAUAGCGCCGACGCUGCUCAGCCAGUACGAAGCCACGGUGUACGAUAGGAUCGCAGCGACGCUGCGCUAUCUAGCCACCGGCACCUGCACGAGUGACCGCGGCGUUGGCGGAUACAAGGCAAUGCCACGGGCCGAAUUUCAAGCAAUGUUUCCGCAAACGCUAAACGCUAUCCGUCAGUUGAUAUGCAACCAGCACAUCUCGCUCAAGCCACAGAACAGGGAUGAGCAAUGGGAAGCGACGAGUUACUUCCGACGCAUUUUGGGCCCCACACCCGGUGUGGCGUUCUGUGCUGUCGGGACGCACAUUCCGAUCGCUGAGCCGAGCGAGCAGAAGCAUCUAUUCUACUACAAGUACGGGACGUACAGUCUGAAUGCAUUGAUGAUUUUUGAUCACAGAAAACGCAUACGGUACGUGAAUGCAAGCUUUUGUGGCGCGAUGCACGAUUCCCAUCUAUGGAACAGUUCGGGCGUGGACAGCCACUUUGCCCAGCAGCACGCAAAGGGAAACGAAAAGUGUAACCUUUUAGCUAAUUCUAUGUUCCCUUCCCAACCGUGGAUCAUAAAACCGAAACCUGGCAUUGUCGAUCCCCCGUUUAAUGCGCGGCACGAAAGAGCGCUCGCCACCGCCGACACGGCCGUUCAUCUGCUAAAGAACCGAUUUAAAUGUCUAUUGGGCAAACCGCCCAUCCCGUACACACCGCCCGAGUGUGUUGCAGUAAUAGACGUUUGCUGUGCGCUUCACAACAUGUGUCUGGACGAAAAUUUGCCAGAUAUCAAAUAAAUUGACUGACGACGUAAAAA